AUUCGAUCUCUAAGUUAUUGUUUCUUCUUGUAUUGCCAGCGACAGUGGGGUUGGAAGGGGCCGAUGGCUUUGCAAGUUUGCAUUUCUCAUACCGGCCGAGUUUUGUCUUUCCACGAUAUCAACGCCCGUGUUGAGAGCCUGCGGUCAUGGAUCGAAUCAAAUGCCACUAUUUCAGCCGCUCACCAGAUCUUGAUGACCCCUCGAGGCAAGAUAGUCAAGAAUCUGUCAAAUGAGACCCAAGUCUAUGUAUACGAUAAACAAUUCCUAUCCUCCGAAGCGAGACCACCUUCGAGAGCCGGCAUUGAACUCCCACCUCUCUCCGAGCCUCCUUCCUCCCUUGCAGACGAGAAUAGCCUGAAAGCAUGGCAGGAUCUAUUCAUGGCGAGACGAGGCUGGGCGCUCGAGGCCUUUGAGAUAGCCAGGACCGGUGUAGAAGACAUCGAAACAUGUACAGACGAGGCAACGGUAAUUGCUCGGUCCAUGAAUGUGGCAUUGGACAAUCUCCGGAAUCAUGUCAACACCCUGGAGCAGAGAUUCGAUGAGACACGUCAAUGGGCAGAGAGCUAUAUCCAAGAACUUCGAGAUGCGGCCAGAGAUUGGGAGGGAAGUGCAGACACCCUUGCAGAGCUACCAGUACGCGAAGAUGUCGCCAAAAUCCUACGGCGGUCGAAUAAUCCCGGGCAUACUCAUUCGGGGACUCCUAGCGGCACGUUAUCCGAGCUAAUUGAUCGUGCUCGGCUACACGCAGCAGCUGAGAGCGUGGAGCAGAGUACUAUCGGGUUCGAGGAAAGUCUGCAAGAGCUACGGUCAGACAUGGAGAGUCUAAAAAACGAUACCAAUAACGCAGACACCGGUUCGUCGGAAGUGCCACAUUUCGACACCAAUGCUCUCUUGGACGAAGCAGAGACUUUGGCUAGGGGUAUAAGCGCCGAUUACGAACAAGUCAUCCAGAUGCAAGACAACCCCAAAUCCGUCGUCUCGGCAUCCAGAAAGGCCGCUGUACAUACUCGAGAUCUACUGCCAGGGCUGCAGAACCUCGUGGACGAAAUUGUGCAAAAUCUAAAGUCAGCGUCAGAGGCAAGAAGUGCUGUGUCUCAUGAUUGGUACUCGACGUUGCAGAGGAUAUCAAGCUUGCAAUCUCGCCUACAAAAAUUACAGGUCGCUGUCACAAGUCUGGACUUCAAAGAUAACGACAACUAUCGACAACUCGAACACCUGUUCCAAUUGCCGCUACUCUAUGGUACUACCUUAGUUGAGGCGACUCGAAGAUCUGAAUGGACUGAGCGGAUGAGGACAGAAGUUGACGGGCUUCAUGAUGACUUGUCGCAACAAACAGAGGAAGAACAAAGGCGGCGGAAGAAAUGGGCUGCCGCACAUGGCGACUUUCUGAACGAAGACAUGAAUGCCAAAGACGCCUUGAUUGAUCUGAAAGCAUCUGCGCCUCGCAACUCGUGGCCUUUUGUGAACCGCGAUGAGGUCUUUGCCUGGAUAGAUGACCUGCGGGCUUUGGGCAUCGAUGAUGCUGUCCAAGGUAUCACACAACGUUUGAAAGAUCUUGAUGCUCCGGUGCGCAAGCAAAAACCGAAGCCGUUCAAGAAUGGAAGCGUGCAGGACCUCUCCCAGAGUGCUGCUCUUCGCAACGGAGACGAGGUGAAGAAUUUGCAAGAUGAGAAGACGAGACUAGAGGAGAAGCUACGGGCCUCGGACAGCCGUGUACGCAAGUUGGAAGAUUUGCUUCAUCGCCAGAGUCAGCUCAGCCGACCAACAAGUGGAAUGUUUGCACCCGGAAGUGCUGCGGACUUCGAAAGACUCGCGCCGUCGCCCACCCAGUUCAAUAGGCAAAGCGAUUUGUCAAGGAGAUCGUCUGUAUCGACACGCCGGCUCUCAAACAAUCAAGACGAAAAGUCUAUUGCACAGAAAAUUGUGGCCUUGGAAGCUCAGAUACAAAAGUUGCAGGACGAGGCCCACGAAGAAAGACGAUCCAGCACAGAGAGUCGAGACAAGAUGCAAGAGGCUGAACUAGUCAAACAAGACUUGAUGGCAAAUUUCGAAGCACAGAAGCAGGAAUUCGAAGAAGAACGACAGCUGCUCGAUGAUGAAGUCCACAGACUCAAGGUGAAGUUAGAAGAAGCCGAGGACGAACUCGAUCGUUUGAACGAGUCUAGAGAUCAUCUGAGAGUGGAACAAGAUCAGCUAGUGGUGAACUUGCGUAAUGAGGUAGAGCAGUUGAAGAAGGACGCGGCAGAUGACUUGACUCAAGCACUGCGCAGAAUUGAAUCAGCUCAGAAAGAUGCCUCUACCCAACGCGAGCGGGCAGCGACGCUGGAGCGUCAACUGCAUCAAGCAAAGGACGAGCGAGCAGCUGCACAAGGACACAACAUGACCUUGGCCAACCAGUUGAGAGCUAUGGAAGACCAACAGCAAGAUCACAUUACCAUCUUGCAGGGAGCGCACUCCAACCUCUCACCUGCUGGCUCUGCACCAGAAGAUCUUCGUCGGCUUGUGAACGCCCUUGAGAUAUUGUCCGAAGGUGCGGCCAUCCACGCUCGCGGCCUUGAUGACUCCUUGCAACUUGCAACUGCAGAAAACAAAGCACUGGAAGAUAAACUAUCGCAUGCCGAAGCUCAAAUAAAAACAGUGACCGAACAACUUUCUGCUGCUGAAGCACGAGCAGGCGAGCUACGAGAAGAUCUGAAGCAUGAGAGAAGCAAAAUUUCCGCCCUUCGUUCUGAACUAGCAGGCGAACGGGCCGAAAUGGACAAUUUGCGAGAGAAGUUUGCUGCUGGUGAGACCGGGUCUGAUGCACUGAAGCAACAGCUCAAGUCUGAGGAGGAAAAGGUUGCUGAGUUGAUGGACCGCAAGACAGAUGAUGAAAGUGCCAUUCAACGUUUGAAGCAUGAGAUUGAGAGUCUAAAGCACGAUUCGCAAACAGCUGCCGAGCGACAAGAAAAAUUGAAGAAGCAUUUCGACAAGCGAGGCGAGGUGGCCAAGCAGUUGUCGGAACGACUCUUUCACUAUCACGACCGCAUUGUCCGCAUGCUCGAACAGUUUGGCUACUCAGUAUCGCGACAGGAUGACGUGUUGCAUAUUCAGCGAGCGUCGAAAGUGAAUGCCAGCGUCGUGCUCAGCGGCGGCGAAGGCUCAAGCCCUUUCGCCAUGAGACGGACCAGUUCAGGAACCACCCCUGCACAGCACUAUUCCGACCCGGCUGAUCUGGAAACACUCUACUGGAUGUCCGACAGCGACCUCGGCUCUGAGUCUACAAAGUAUAGUGGCUUUCUGGCAGCCCUGCAACGCCUCGAUAUCGAUAGCACGAUUGACCUCAUUACGAAAAGAUACAAGGACGUCGAAACCCUGGCCAAGAAGUAUCAAAAAGACUCUCGCGCCUAUCGUGAGCGCACGCACCGGAUCCAAGCAGAAGCGCAUGACAAGAUUGCAUACCGGAGCUUCAAAGAAGGCGAUCUAGCUUUGUUCCUGCCUACCCGCAACCAAGCAACCCGGCCCUGGGCGGCCUUCAACGUCGGGGCGCCGCACUACUUUCUCCGAGAGCAAGAUGCGCAUAAGCUUCAGGCAAGAGAUUGGCUGUUAGCUCGGAUUACCAAGAUUGAAGAACGCAUGGUUGAUCUGUCCCGCAGUCUUUCGAGCGGCUUGCGUGGCAAUGGCUUGUUAGGCGCAGCCGCAGAUGACGGUGGUUCUACUAGGUCGAUUGAUGACGAAAACCCAUUUGAGCUUUCCGAUGGGCUAAGAUGGUACAUGAUUGACGCCGCUGAGGAAAAGCUUGGUGCUCCAGGUACACCUACUGUGGGCAAGUCGACUGUCACUUCCACCAAUGUCGAGGUGAGAGGCCACAUGGGCCGGAAAGACCAUAAGUCUGGGCUCAACAUAGGAGGAACUACAGGACAUGCCACAGCCACUAUGGUGACUAAGACGUUGACCAAGAGUCUUGACAGUCGACGAUCAAGCUCGGGCAGCAAGAAAAGUGUCGACAUCAAGGGCAAGCACGAUGGUUCAAGCGGCAGAGGAAGCAGUACUAAGGAUAUCCCUGCGAAAGCUGCACCGCUUGCGCCCAUUACAAGUGACACAGAUGCCGAACAAGCUCAAAAACCGCGAAAGGACGAUACGAAUGCGGAUGCCGACGACGAGAAUGAGAACGAGAAUGAGGUUGAAAACGAGCGGCCAGCUCAAGGUGCAGGAUCAGGAGACCCAACUGGCACGGCGAGUUUCGUUCGGCAGCCUACUGCGGCAAGCCAAACCGAUAGGGAAGAUGCACAGGUCUUUGAAGUGACUGGCGCUGGGCAAUCUGCACCAGCGAUCAAAACCAUCCCUUCAGACUAUGCAGAGACCGGCCUGGAAUGUGUCCAGCAUUCCCGGCCUGUCAACCCGUCUGUUCAACCUGCGACCAGACGGACAGCAUCCGGAAAUUCGCCUUCGAUCUCGAGAAAUGCAUCGCAAUCUCCCCUGAGGCACAAAGCUCAGACACCAGUUGCAAGUCCAGCGAAGAGCAAGCCAUCGCCGGGCAAGGGAAGGCCUUGGGAUAAACUGUUCAACGUGGAAUAUCGCUCCUGACCGUCGCAGCUGAUUGACAUAGAGGUCAAGACCAGAGACCAAUGCAAACGGGAGCAAUUAUACGCAUAGCCUUCAGUUGAUGAAGGCUUAAGGGCACACGUGGGGCACAAUCGGCCAUCACAUAGUUCUGCCGUAACUCACGUGACAGUUUGCUGCUGUACCUAUUGACACCGUCUGAAAUCAUAAUUUUGUACGGAGUAGUUUGCAGAUGGUGGCAAAGGUACUAGGCGAGAUACCACUGGAAAAUGACCAAGUCCAAAGGCGAGUGUGGUUACGUAGCACGGACAUGGCGAGCUAGUUACCUGCCGUGCCAGCAUUGGCUGCAAGUCCUGACCUCAAUGCAAGCCUGC